AGUCAAAUUGGAAUUCGACCUUCAAAAUCAACUGUUAGGAGAAGGGAUGAAGAAGGUGGAGCUGAAGUGGGUGAGGGUGCCGACGAAUGGUCACAGACCAAGACGUUAAUCAAGCCCCCAGACCAGCUGGAGCUGACUGAUGCAGAACUGAAAGAGGAAAUAACCCGCAUCCUGACAGCCAAUAACCCUCAUGCUCCACAGAAUAUUGUCAGAUACAGUUUUAAAGAGAGAGCCUACAAGCAAACCUCCGUGGUGGAGCAGAUGGCAGUUCACUUCUCUCUUUACGGGAACCUGAUCUUCAAAGAUUCAGAUGAGGGUCGCAGGCAGAGCAUGAGGGUCGGUUCAUCUGCUGCAGCUCCCGUUUCAUCUCUCGUUGUGGACUUUGAUGCUCUGGAUGCAGAACUUAAAGAAGCUGAAGGGGAAACAGAAGAAACAGAAGCAGAAGCAGAAGCAGAAGCAGAAGCAGGAGAGAAAACGGAUCAGCCAGCUGAAGCCCAGGAAGAAAAGGAGGAAGAAGUUCGUCCCCGGGCAGUGCAAGAACGAAAGCUCACCAACCAGUUUAAUUUCAGCGAAAGAGCCUCCCAGACCUACAAUAACCCUGUGCGGGACAGAGCUUGCCAGAUGGAGCCCCCACCCAGAGCAACUUUCUCGGACACUGCCAACCAGUGGAAAAUCUACGAUGCUUAUGUGGAAGAACUCGAAAAGCUGGAAAAGUCGAAGGAGAAAGAAAAACAAAAAGCCCCAGUGGCAAAGAAGGAAGACAAGAUGAUGGGAAGAAAAUUAACUUCUCUAGAAUCACAGAGUGAUGACAUCAACAAAGUGGCAAAGGCAGUGAAGAUUGUGGAGCGGAUGGUCAAUCAGAACACCUUUGAUGAUAUUGCCCAAGAUUUCAAGUACUUCGAAGAUGCCUCGGAUGAAUACAGGGAUAACAUGGGGACCCUUCUCCCGCUGUGGAAGUUUCAGUUCGACAAGGCCAAGAGGCUGGCCGUCACCGCCCUCUGCUGGAACCCCGGAUACAGAGACUUGUUUGUCGUUGGACAUGGCUCUUAUGACUUCAUGAAACAGAGUCGUGGAAUGCUCCUGCUGUACUCCUUGAAGAACCCCACCUUCCCAGAGUACAACUUCAGCAGUGAGAGUGGCAUCAUGUGCCUUGAUGUCCACGUAGACCACCCCUAUCUGAUUGUGGUGGGCUUCUAUGAUGGCAAUGUGGCCAUCUACAACCUGAAGAAGCCCGCUGCCACUCAGCCAGGCUACAAAAGCAGCGCCAUGUCUGGCAAGCACACUGACCCCGUCUGGCAG